AUGGGCACAACAUCUAAUACGCCAACAAAAAUGUCCGUCACUAUGUGCGCAACCACGGAGUCCGUGGACAGAACGCUUCAACGCUGUUUGGACAUUGAAGAUGUUCCUACAGUGGUCAAAAGUAGUCCCGAUGAAGAAGAGUGUGAAAGAAUAUAUACCACUACUACGUCGCGUCAACCAUGUGGAAGAUACAAAAUCCACCUGCCCUUUAAACCAAAUCCACCAGUAUUGGGGGACUCAAGAGACCAAGCAGCACAACGUUUAUUCCAGCUCGAAAAACGGCUUGAGAAAUCUCCGGAAUUAAGAAAUGAAUACAAUGAGGCGAUGAGGGAGUAUUUACGAACGGGACAUAUGAGAAAAGUAGAUCCAACCCUGACUGAUAGCCAGGCGUCAUAUUACAUUCCCCAUCAAGCAGUUAUACGUCCUGAAAGUUCCACCACAAAAAUGCGUAUUGUCUUUGAUGCAUCAGCGAAAACAUCUUCUGGUAGAUCAUUAAAUGAUAAUCUCCUCUGUGGACCUAAACUACAACAAGACCUACCGAUUAUCGUUCUUAGAUUCCACCUUCAUGCAAUUGUGUUUACUUCCGAUGUAAAACAGAUGUUUAGACAGAUAGUCGUCACUGAACCUCAUCGACCAUACCAGCGGCUUUUAUACUGA